AAUUUUGCCCCCAAAACCUGCCCUUGACUUAUACAUGAGGUCAAUUUAUAGUCGAGUAGAUAUGGUAAUUUCAGUUGCAUUAUUCCAGUAAGAUUCACAAGGAGCAUACUAGAUGAGUCUGCUUCCCUUCUUUUGCAGGUAUGGGAGGGAGGAAGAGGGAGGAAUGGAAAGUUUUGACCUUUUAGUUUGACAAAUUUGAAUGGGGGGAGAGAGGCAACUUUUGAUCUUGUGUCUCUUUGCUACUUUAAGGGACCACAGUGCUGCCUUGCACAGUCAACAUAUUUUAAGUUAGGAUGUGUGUGUGUGUGUGUUUUGUUUCCUGGCAGGGAUUUUGUGCCUUCAGCAGCUGUGCAACAGGUGAUAGUCCAAACAAGUGUAGCAUUGACAUAGAUGCCCCAUGUGCAGCAGGCAUUGCCAACAAAAGUAGUAUUUUUGUCUGUGUAAUAUAAUUGUCACCCACUUCAUUUGUUUAUUUGGUUGAUAGCUUGUCACAAGUGGUUUAAAAAUGUCCCUCAUGUGUUGCCACACUUGUAUUCUGGUUUUGUGUAGAGCACCCAAUGCAGGAGAGUACCAGCUCGUGAGUGACACAAAGAUCAUUGGAUUCUCUUGUAGCAAAUUCCCACAUUUUUGCCAACCAGUCUUCUCUUCCUAGAAUUUUACGUAAUUUCUACUAUCUAGCAAUUUUUUUGUUAGCAGAAAAGAUCAAGCCUAACAAUAUAACCUUUUAGUUUAUCUAUUGUGAUAAUUAUUUUAUUUUAUUCUUUCUGUCGUCUGUCUUUAUUUCUUCCCACAUGUGAAAUAAGUCAUCAAGGAGAUAAGUUCCUUAAGACAGGAAAACCAGAUCUGAAAAUAUUCAACGUAUGCUUGUGAAGGCUGAGAAGCUAAAGUGAUCAUGUCUUCUUACCCUGACCCCUUCACUCCUGUAUUAAAAUUUCAUGAACUGAAUUGUAUAAUUGCAUAAUUAAUCAAUCAAUCCAGUGAAGUAAAAGCUGGUACAAAAUAACAUGAUUUGUUCAACCCACUGGGUGCAGAAUUUACAGUGAGGGGUUACUUAAGUAAAGUUAGCUUGUAGCGUUACCAAAACUGUAUUCCAAUAAUUAUGCUAAAUGUGAAAUCUGGUAAAUUUCUGUAUUUAAAGGCCCGUUAUAAUGUGUGGCCCUUGCUUAGCUUCUGCAUAAAUCUGGUACUAAUGCUAACUGACUCACUGGAAUGUGCCACUUUGAUAUGGGUCCAAAUAUGAAUGUUGUUGAUUAUGUGCUUUCUGCAAAGUUGAUCAAGUAAAAUUUUUACUCUGUCAGAGUUGAUCUUUGUUACCCUAAUCCAAUUAUUCCUUCAUUGUUCCCAUUCACUAGAGCUGGGGGGAAAAGUUAGUUUAAGCAUUUCUGAACGCAGUAGUUUAUGAAGCAUUUGUUCAUACAUCUUGCUUCAAAAAAACAUUUGACUUCUCAGCUUGUCUGUAGUGUUUUUCUGGACAUAGCCAAAUUGCUGAGAGGAUUGAACAGGUGGCUCUGUGGCUUUGUGUGUGAUAAUGGUUUUCUUUAUUUGUCAGGCGUCAUGUCAAGUGGAAAUGUAAAACAAGGGAAUGUUUUAAUUUUUGAAGUAGCUGCAAGGGUUGGGGAGCAUGUGUUCCCCAGAUAUUGAUGGACUCCCAGCUCCUGUCAGCCCCAGCCAAUAUAUCCAUUGGUGAACAGUGAUGGAAGCUAUAGUCCAAAAUGCAGUCCUGAUAGAAGCUUUAGAGAAACAUGCCAAGGAAACGGGUGCUGGAAAAAGAUGAUGUUGUCAGCGUGAAGCGGACUAAAGUAAGUCAUGCAACACACCAGACGGAGCCUGGACUAGUACUGACCCUUGGUCAGGGUGAUCUUGGACAGCUGGGUCUUGGACCAGAUGUGCUGGCACGGAAGAGACCUGCCUUGGUGAAACUCCCUGAGAAAAUUAUCCAGGCUGAAGCAGGAGGGGUUCACACAGUAUGCCUCACUGAGACAGGCAAGGUCUACACCUUUGGCUGCAACGAUGAGGGUGCCUUGGGAAGGGAUACUUCAGAGGAGGGAUCUGAAUCAGUUCCGGGGCUUGUCGAUUUGAAGGAGAAGGUGGUGCAGGUGUCUGCUGGGGACAGCCACACGGCAGCGUUGACAGAGGAUGGGCGAGUUUUCAUCUGGGGCGCUUUCCGGGAUGAAAAUGGAGUCAUUGGAUUGCUGGCUCCUCAGAAGGGGAAAGAAAAUUUGGACACUGCAAAUGGCAGUUCUGUUCCUGUGGAGCUGCAGCUAGAAGUGCCAAUUGUUAAAAUUGCCUCAGGGAGCCACCACUUGGCAUUAGUGUCCAUGGCAGGCAACCUUUACACCUGUGGAUGCGGAGACAAUGGCCAACUGGGACGAGUGCCCCAAGUCUUUGCCGUCAGAGGAGGAAGAAGAGGAUUGGAGCGGCUGUUACUCCCACAGACAGUCACCAUCAAACAGAGAGGCUGCAAGACCAAGGGACACAUUCGGGAUGCCUUCUGUGGGUCCUACUCCACCAUUGCCAUCACUCAAGAGGGGCAUGUUAUUGGGUUUGGCCUCUCCAAUUACUACCAGCUGGGUUCACCAGAAAUUGAAACGUAUUAUUUGCCAAAGAUUCUGACAGCAUUCAAGAACUCCACCAGAUCUUGGGUCAAGUUCUCAGCUGGACAACAUCACACUGUAUGCCUGGACUCAGAAGGAACCGUGUAUAGUCUGGGUAGGGCAGACUAUGGCAUGCUGGGCCUAGGUGAGGGAGUUGCAGAAAAGAGUACCCCCACUGCCAUUCCUGGGGUACCCAAAUCCACUUCAGUAGCAUGUGGGGAACGGGUUGGCUUUGCAGUCACAGAAAAUGGUCAAGCUUUUGCCUGGGGUAUGGGAUCUAACCUCCAGCUUGCCACAGGUGAUGAAGAUGAUGUGUGGAGACCUGUUCAGAUGUCUGGCCAGCAGCUGGAGAAUCGCACUGUUCUCUCUGUAACAGGUGGAGGACAACACACUGUCUUACUAGUCAAGGACAAGCAGAGUUGACAAACUGUUUCUGUCGUCCUGUUAAGAACCAUCUAAUGGCACCGCCUUCCUGAGUCUCUUGGAGCAGGGGCUUGGAAGACUGGCUUCUGAUGGCUUCCUGUCACGAAGACCUUCCAGUGUUUCUAUGGAUGAGAAAAUUACCUGAUAUAAAAUACUGUUAGGAUGCUGGAAUUCAUUUAAACUUGAAAUGGCUUCCAUCAUUGCUCUCUUAUCUGUUGGUGGUUGGAACAUGGCCUGAUCUGUAUCUGUUUUGUAAACAAAUUAAGUCACUGAUUUUUUUUCUCUAGAAUUACCCUGCUUUAAAAACUGUCUUCAACUUUCUGCAAGUUAUUUGCCGUGCUACUGCUACUUAUUUCAGAAAUCGCCGGAACAUAUUGCCUGAUUUCCUUCCCUCUUUUAGAUUACUAGCCUCAUCUCUCCCCCUUGCCCUAUCAUUUUUAAAAUUUUACCCACCAAAAUACAGGAUGUUAAUCCUUUCUCUGGCUUUAGUUUUAGCUCCUUCUUUCUCCUCUUUUAAGAGCUUAUCUAAAAGCCUAGGUUUUCUUUUUAAUUUAGGCAAAGCUCAGGUUUCUAGUUACUUCCACCAUGUUUACCAUCAUGAUAGGACAAGUUAAAGAACUAGGAACUGAGAGAGGGCCACAAGAUCCUUUCAGUGCAUUUCCCACCAGCUGACUUCAUUAAUGACUCUUGGCCCAUGUUUAAUAAGUGUAGAUGGCAGACUUCAGUGCACAGCAGAGGUGGGCAGCUGCUUUGGGAACAAGGGCCUAAUUUCUCUCUAGGCCCCACAGUUGGCUGACUCCUUCCCCCACCAGUACCUUCCAUAACCACUAUCAAAAUGAGUGCAAAAAGAGAUGAACUUUCACCGCGUUGCUUUUUUGAGAGGUGCUGUGGUAAAAAAUGGAAGUAUUUCCUCUGCAUACCUCAAAAGGGUGGCAGAAAGUGACAGUCCAACUUUUCUCUCACCAUUUUGAGAGUGACUGCAUAAGAAAAGAGGCAUUGGGGUAGUAUGGGAUUCUGGGGUGCCCCUGAAUGGUGGAUUAUUUUUGGAUGUUUUUAUAGGUAUUUUGACCAGUUCUGUGUGAUUUUAGAGUAAAAUUGCCUGAAAAUUAUGCUGAUUUUACAAAAAUGUGUGAGGGAACCACAUGUGGCUUGCAGGUUGCACUUUGCCCACCCCCAGUAUAGACUGGGGCUCUGAAACAGAAUGGACUUUCUAUCGUUCUAAGGGUUCUAAAUUCUUCAAGACCAGCUUUCUUGAUUUAACAUUGCAAUGAUAGUUGAGGACUAUGUUUUGAACUCCUAAGAGAGGUUUAGAGGUUUUCUUCAUUCUAUAUCUGCAUUCAGAAAUUGUGGAGGUAAUCCAAAAUGGAAGGUAACUAGGACUGUGAGUAAGGGGAGCUGUCUGUAAUUAUGUUCUACUUGCUACAUAUAGUAUUGGCACAGAUUAAUAUUGACAAUGCCCAGUCCUAAACUGCCAGUGUUGUGGGGUUGUCUGAGUCACAUUUGAACCCUGCUUUCCACUUCUAAAGGGAGGCUGCUGCUCAUAUCACAUGGGAGCCUAGUAACUCAUCAUUUUCAAAAUAAGCUAGUAUUUGUCCGGCUUCCUCAACCAGAUUGUGGACAACAAGCAAGCAGCAGCUUGCUUCUGUGUUGCCCGUUUUAAAGUACUUUGGCUGAAUAUUUCUUGACUAUAAGGUGUCGUUUAAGCAGGUCCAGUGCACCAGUGGUGUUUCAAAGGCAGCACAGAGAGAUUAGCCUAAUUCCAUUCAUGCAGAUACAAACUGCAAGAAGAUCAUCAUGGAACAGCUUCCACCUUUGAUUGUUUCCGCUCUCCUGUCAUUUGCAGCUCCAUUCUGAAAUUUCUGAUGGUUGUACAAAGGGCCUUAUUUUUUGAAAUACUAAGUUGAGGCCUGGUGGGAGGGAGCAGUGGAGUGUACAUUGGAGAAAUAAGGAUAUAUAUAUUUUUAAAAAUAGUGGUGUUUACUGAAAAGACAUCUGUACAAUUCUAUCAUUUUUGAAAUAAAUUGAGUUUUGUCA